AUGGCGUCUCCCCUGCAGCAAGCCAGCUGUCCAUUCGACUCUGAGACUCCACCGCACACAAGGCCCGAGGAUGCAGCCAGAGCCGGCGAAGGGACCGCGUGCAGGGUCCCGCGGGAGCGAGUGGGUAAGGGCGCGCAGGGCGCAGGGGCCCGCGUGAGGUGUGCCAAGGCGGAGUCCCCGACGCCGAGCUGGGCCCUCACGCCGGAGGGCCUGGAGGCCAUGCGGCCCGCGCAGCGCCACAGCCACCUGCUCUUCGGCGACCUGCUGGAGGACGUGGGCGCGGCCGCUUCCGUCUUCCCGAGUGAGUCAGCAGAGCUGGGGUACCGCAUGCCUGACCCGCGCGCGUGGACGCUGCAGCUCGAGACGCCCGCGCAAAGCCAGGACCAGGUCCUCGGCGUCCUCAAGGCCGCCGAGGCCCGCGGCCGAGUCCGCGCUCUCCGACUGCGCUACGCCCGCCUGCGGGCGGAGGAGAUCUCCCUCCUAAUCCUGCGGCAGAAGUCCGCGCGCGCCGCCCUCAGGCUGGAGCUGUUCCUGCCGCCGCAGCUGAAGCCCACGCGGAUCCCAGACCCCCUAGACCGUCGAGAGCGGAGGCGCGUGGAAACCAUUCUGGAGGAGAAAGUCGAUGGCAGCAUCUUCCCGCGUUGA